AUAAAAAUUAUAUCCUUUCGCACAGUGGGUGUGAUCAGACUUGCGGAACCAAGUACCAUAAUAUUCAUAUUAGUUUUAGAGUAGUGAAGGUAGAAGAUACACAGAAAUAAGAUGAAAUUGCAAAUUGAAAAUAAAAUAAUGGAAAAGAACGGUCACACGUACUUACAAUGGAUUGUAGCCUCAAUAGGUAAUUUGUAAACAUAGGAUCCCUAAUAUACGGUUUGGAAGUGGGCUGGAUAUCACCAAUCACGAAGACACUCCAAUCUGAGUCAUCACCACUCGGCUACCCCUUAUCUGACAGUGUUAUGGCAUGGGUAGCAAGCAGUUCUUGCUUCGCUGCUGCUUUUGGAGUUUCCAUAUAUUCAUAUCUAUCAGAUCAAUAUGGGAGAAAGUUAGCCAUACAAGCAGUUAUUAUUCCACAAAUGUUAUCAGUAUGUUUAAGACUAAUAUCACCAACAAUAACUGCACUUCUAAUAGCUCGGAUAUUAGCUGGAUUAGCCGCAGGAGGAGUUUAUAUUGUGGUCCCAAUGUAUCUGAAGGAAAUCAGUCAAGAAAGCAUGACUGGUAUACUAGUUUCUUUGCAAGUCUUGUUCCAGAAUUUAGGAAUAUUGGCCAUGUACAUUAUUGGAAUAUAUUUGGACUAUUACACGAUAUUGUGGCUGUCUACAAUCUUGCCUGUUGUUGCGUUGCUUUUGCUGCUGAAAGUUCCUGAAUCACCCGCAUACUUGGUUAAACAGGAGAAAGUUGACACAGCAUAUCAUGUGGUGGCUUUACUACGAGGCUUAGAAUGUCACGAUAAAAGAGUAGAAAGUGAAUUAGAAUACAUGCAACGUCAAGAAUCUGAGUUUAAAGCUAUACCGAACGUCAGUCUUCUUACGUUAUUCAAAGAAAAAGCAUGGAGGCGUGGCAUUAUAUUCGGCCUAAUCCUAUUUUCCAUCCAAGCAUGGAACGGAGCAUAUGCUAUAAUAACCUAUGCUUCACCCAUUCUGGCCUCUACUGGUGUGAAGUUUGAUAUAAGUCCUGAAUACCAAAGCAUCAGUUUUCCUAUCGUCAUGGUUUCUGCUAAUUGCGCAUUGACAUUGGUUGUUGAGAAAUAUGGUCGAAAGACACUACUUAUUGUAGCAUUUUUAAUAUCCGCUAUAGCCAUGAUAUCGUUGUCUGCGGCCAUGAUAUUUCGACUUUACGGCGGCACAGUCCCCAGUUGGCUGCCUGUCAUUUCUAUGAUGCUAUCAGCUUCGAUGUAUUCUGGAGGAAUAUGUCCUUUGUCCUUCCUUGUUACAACGGAGUUGUUCAAUUUUCAGAUACGUGCAAAAGUAAUGGGACUUGUAUUCUCGUAUGCGUGGGUUGCUUUCUUCAUACCCUUGGUAGCGUAUGCGCCAGUGACAAAUGCUUUUGGUCAACACAUAACUUUUCUUAUAUUCGGAAUAAUGAACGUCAUAGGUGCGUUUUUUACUUUAGCGUUUAUCCCAGAAACAAAAGGUAGAAGUAAUGAAGAAAUCAAAAAAGCAUUGACUGGUAAAUAAUAAGAUUGUAGAAACGAUGGACUACCUAUUGUUUGAUGAAGUGAAAAAAUGUGACAUGGAAAGUGUAGCACAGCUUUAUUUAAUAUAAUGUAUUUAAUGCGGUUUUAAUGAAGCUGUGAAAGAACAGAUGUAGUCAUUAAGCUCGCCUUUAAUAUAGCUGGUUUUAUGCUUAAAUGUAUUUUGAUAUCGGAGCUUUUGCGGACAUUAAUUUAUGUUGAAGUGAAUAAAGCUUUAAACUGGUA